AUGGCCGAUCUCUUAGCAGCCGCAGCGGCUCAAGUCGCGACGACCGGCGCCGACGAGAGCGGCGCUGUCAUUGGCCUCACCAAUCAGCAGCUCGCCGACGUCAAGGGCCACGCCAUUUCGUACGCCGCAGCGCAUGGACUGCUCGUGCAUCAGCGCCGCGCCGCGACCACACAGCCCGACGUUCCGUCUGCCUUCGUCCACAUUCCCCUCUGUCUGCUGCCCGUGCCGUUUCCCAGGCAGCAGUUCGAGCAGGGAGUCCAGUUGUCGCCUGUGUACGGACACCUCGUGGACCGCGUGAGUCGCGACGUUGCGUGGCUCCACAGCUGCGUCGAGAACGUGGGCACGGAGGACGCGUUCACGCUGCGCCUGCUCGAGCUGUCGAAGACGGUGCAGCGCGAAGGGGUUCAGCAGCAGACGUACUUGGGCAUUCAUCGCUCGGACUAUAUGCUGCACCACGCGCAGCACGUGACGGACGGGACAGUCGACGAGAAGCAAAUGCAGCAGCAGCUGUUGCAGGUCGAGCUCAACACGAUCGCGUCAUCUUUUGGCUGUAUCAGCUCACUCGUGUCGGACAUGCACCGGUUCUUGUUGAGUCGGUUUGGAGCUGACAUGGUGGCGCUGGAAGAGCAUUACGGCAUUGCAACGGCCGAGUAUCCGACAGCGUUGCCGCAGAAUGACGCGAUCACGGCGAUUCCGAAUGCGCUUGCGGCGGCAUUCAAGCAGUAUGGAGUCAAAGGUGCCGUCGUGAUGUUUCUCGUGCAACCUGAUGAGGUGAACGCCAUUGAUCAGCGCUGGCUGGAGUACCAAUUGUGGGAACACCACGGCAUUCAUGUACUACGCCGGACGUUGGCCGAGGUGGAUGCGCACGGUAAACUAGUUGACCGCGAUGGCAAGCGAACGCUUACGGUCGAUGGGCGUGAAGUAGCUGUCGCGUAUUUUCGCGCUGCGUACACGCCGACUGACUACCCCACGGAGCAAGAGUGGGCUGGUCGUACGAUCAUCGAACGGUCGUACGCGAUCAAGUGCCCAUCAAUUGCUUACCACUUGGCUGGCACGAAGAAGGUGCAGCAGGUACUUGCCGACCCUGCGGUCCUUCGUCGAUUUAUGUCCGAGGAGGAGGCCACACAACUGGAAUCGUCAUUUGCGGGUUUGUAUGGACUCGAGAAGAACUCGGCAACGAUUGAGGAAGUCAAGAAAAUGGCGGUUGCAAACCCCCACGCGUACGUGCUAAAGCCUCAGCGCGAGGGCGGAGGCAACAACUUGUACGGCAAUGAGGUCGCGUCGGCGAUCCAGGACAUGAGUCCCGCUGAACUGGAGUCGUAUAUUCUGAUGGAGCGCAUCUUUCCCGACGAGAACCUUGCCGUCCUCGUUCGUAACAACGUGACAUCCAGUGGCCCGACCAUCAGCGAGCUCGGUAUGUUCAUCGCAAGUUUGUUCGACAGCGAAGGAAAGGCGAUACUGAACAAGCACGCAGGGCAUUUGUUGCGUACGAAGCUCUCGGGUACUGACGAGGGUGGCGUGGCAACAGGCUUUUCCGUCAUAAGCAGCCCGUUGCUGACAUAG